UGAUGCCUCUGCAAAAAGCAGAGUCAAGACGGCUCAGUUAGCAGCAUGUCUCGUCGAAAGCAAGCGAAACCCCAGCAUCUCAAAUCGGACGAAGAGCUGCAAGCGGAGGUAGUUUCCGAGCACGCAGUCCCGGGGGAAGGAGCAGACGAUGGUGACAGCGGGAACGAAAGCAGGAGCGGAAGUGAAGAAACCAACGUUUGUGAGAAGUGCUGUGCGGAGUUCUUCAAGUGGACGGACUUCCUGGAGCACAAGAAGAACUGCACAAAAAACCCCCUGGUGCUGAUCGUGAAUGAAGAUGAGGCAGCUCCACCGCCCGCUGAGGAGUUCCCCGAGCCCUCACCUGCUAGCUCUCCCAGUGACCAGGCAGAGAGUGAAGCUGCUGAAGAAGGUGUCCAGCCGGAAAACAGUGAGAGCUCUGAGGUAAAAAGCACGGAAAAGGAAGAAGAGCCAAUGGAGGUAGAAACCGCGGAGAAAAGUUUCCAGAAUCAAGGCACCUCAAACACAGCUACUCCUCUACCUCAGCUCCCUGAACCGUCGCCUAUGACAAGCUAUGCCAUGCCAAACACGAAUGUCACACUGGAGACACUGCUGAGCACUAAAGUGGCGGUGGCGCAGUUCUCGCAGAGCGCACGGUCAGCCGCCUCCGCCAGCAUCAGCAGUGGGGUGACGGCCGUGGCCAUCCCCAUGAUCCUGGAGCAGCUCAUGGCCCUGCAGCAGCAGCAGAUCCACCAGCUGCAGCUGAUUGAGCAGAUCCGCAGCCAGGUGGCCAUGAUGAACCGGCAGCCCCUGCGGCCGGCCCUCAACCCGGUGGUGGCCGCGCCAGGAGUAGCGGGGCAGGCCUCAAACCAGCUGCAGGGCUUUGCCACGAGCGCCGCCAUCCAGCUCACCGCCGUCCUUCCUCCCGCCAUCAUGGGACAGGCUGCUGGCGCUCAGCCCCCUGCCUUCGACGGCUCUCAGCACAUCUCCAGACCGACGUCUGGAGCGAGCACACCCAAUAUAUCCAGCAGUGGCUCCUCCGCCCCUCCAGAGUCUAGUGUACCCUGCUCUUCUAACGCGAUCACGUCUGUAACACCUGUUUCAGUGUCAAACACUACUAUCAGUGCUUCGCAGCCCCAGAAUGCUUCAACUCCGCCUUCCAUAGGACAUGGAAGCCUCACCUCGAUUUCUAACCUGCCAAACCCACUUCUACCUCAGACUUCCUCAAAUAGUGUGAUCUUCCCCAAUCCGCUUGUUAGCAUCGCAGCAACAGCUAAUGCACUAGAUCCUCUGUCUGCCCUCAUGAAGCACCGCAAAGGAAAGCCACCAAAUGUGUCAGUGUUUGAGCCCAAGUCAAGCUCCGAGGAUCCCUUUUUUAAACACAAAUGCCGAUUUUGUGCCAAGGUCUUUGGAAGUGACAGUGCUUUACAAAUCCACCUCCGCUCGCACACAGGGGAAAGACCUUUUAAAUGCAACAUAUGUGGAAAUCGCUUUUCCACAAAAGGCAACCUGAAAGUUCAUUUUCAGAGGCAUAAAGAGAAAUAUCCCCACAUUCAGAUGAAUCCCUAUCCUGUUCCAGAAUACCUCGAUAAUGUGCCCACUUGUUCUGGCAUCCCAUAUGGGAUGUCGCUGCCCCCUGAAAAGCCGGUCACAACGUGGUUAGACAGCAAACCUGUCCUACCGACCAUUCCAACUUCCAUUGGGCUCCAGCUGCCCCCCACGAUUCCUGGUGUGAACAGUUACGGAGAUUCUCCAAGCAUCACUCCCAUGAGCAGGUCACCUCAGAGGCCUUCUCCUGCUUCCAGCGAAUGCACUUCCUUAUCUCCAAGCCUCAACACAUCUGAGUCAGGUGUUCCAGUGUCUGCUGAAUCCCCGCAGCCCGUUCAGAGCAGCUCAUCCCUGACCAAGGCUGAACCCAUCAGUCUGCCUCCCGCAAGUACGCGGCUUGGGGACCACUCUGUAAGUGGACAAGUUUCCACAGCUUCCACGACUUCAAUUCCAACCAUUGUUACGGACAGCAGUGUUUCGACAAGCCUCCCAAACCCUGUGCUUCCAACAAUGUCUGACCAGUUUAAGGCAAAGUUUCCAUUUGGUGGUCUGCUAGAUUCUAUGCAAACAUCAGAAACCUCAAAACUACAGCAGCUAGUAGAGAACAUUGAUAAGAAGAUGACAGAUCCAAAUCAAUGCGUCAUUUGUCACCGCGUGCUUAGUUGUCAGAGUGCUCUCAAGAUGCAUUACAGAACGCAUACAGGAGAAAGACCAUUUAAAUGCAAAAUUUGUGGACGUGCCUUUACUACCAAAGGCAAUCUAAAAACGCAUUUUGGAGUUCAUCGAGCAAAGCCACCACUUAGAGUACAGCACUCGUGUCCCAUUUGUCAGAAGAAAUUUACAAAUGCAGUUGUUCUUCAGCAGCAUAUUCGUAUGCAUAUGGGUGGGCAAAUUCCUAACACGCCAUUACCAGAGGGCUUCCAGGACGCCAUGGACUCAGAACUUUCCUAUGACGAGAAGAACAUUGACACGUUGAGCAACUUCGAUGAUGACAUUGAUGAAAAUUCUAUGGAAGAGGACCCGGAGUUAAAGGACAUAACAAGCGACUCAGCAAAACCCCUUAUCUCUUACUCUGGGUCAUGUCCUUCUUCGCCGCCUUCUGUGAUCUCCAGUAUCGCUGCUUUGGAGAAUCAAAUGAAAAUGAUUGAUUCUGUCAUGAACUGUCAGCAGCUGACCAGUUUAAAAUCCAUAGAAAAUGGAUCAGGGGAAAGUGACCAUUUGAGCAAUGACUCCUCAUCGGCUGUUGGUGAUCUCGAAAGCCAGAGUGCAGGCAGCCCUGCAAUGUCAGAGUCUUCUUCCUCCAUGCAAGCUCUGUCUCCUGUAAAUAGUAACAGUGAAAGUUUCAGAUCAAAGUCCCCAGGUCUCAGCAACCAGGAAGAACCACAAGAAAUACAAUUAAAGACUGAAAAACCAGACAGCCCACCACCCGCAACUGAAAAUGGAGGCGCGUUAGAUCUGACAUCCACCAACCCUGGAAGACCGGUCAUCAAAGAGGAGGCUCCUUUUAGCCUGCUGUUCCUGAACAGAGAACGUGGUAAGUUUAAAAGUACUGUUUGUAAUAUCUGUGGCAAGCCUUUUGCUUGUAAGAGUGCAUUGGAAAUUCACUACCGCAGCCAUACUAAAGAACGUCCAUUUGUUUGUACAGUCUGCAAUCGUGGGUGUUCCACUAUGGGUAAUUUAAAACAACACUUACUGACGCACAAAUUAAAAGAGCUGCCUUCUCAGUUAUUUGAACCCAACUUUACUCUAGGUCCCAGCCAAAGUACUCCUAGCCUGGUCACCAGUACAGCGCCUACCAUGAUCAAAAUGGAAGUGAAUGGUCACAGCAAGCCGAUCUCUUUGGGUGAGGUUCCCUCGCUUCCAGCUGGAAUCCAGGUUCCUGCUGCACCACAGACAGUGAUGAGUCCGGGGAUCACCCCCAUGCUGGCACCCCCCCCUCGCCGCACUCCCAAGCAGCACAACUGUCAGUCUUGUGGGAAGACCUUCUCCUCAGCAAGCGCACUGCAGAUACACGAGCGCACCCAUACUGGUGAAAAACCGUUUGGUUGCACAAUCUGUGGUAGAGCUUUUACCACAAAGGGGAAUCUUAAGGUUCACAUGGGAACGCACAUGUGGAAUAAUGCACCUGCACGCCGCGGCCGUCGCCUCUCCGUGGAAAACCCCAUGGCUUUGCUGGGUGGUGAUGCACUGAAGUUCUCUGAAAUGUUCCAGAAGGAUUUGGCAGCUCGGGCCAUGAACGUUGACCCCAGUUUUUGGAACCAAUAUGCUGCAGCUAUCACAAAUGGACUUGCCAUGAAGAACAAUGAGAUUUCUGUCAUACAGAACGGAGGCAUUCCCCAACUCCCAGUAAGUCUUGGUGGAGGUGCCAUCCCACCUCUAAGCAACCUUACCAGUGGCAUGGACAAAGCUCGCACGGGCAGCAGCCCUCCCAUUGUUGGUUUGGACAAAGCAAGUUCUGAAACUGGAGCCAGUCGUCCAUUCACCAGAUUUAUUGAGGAUAAUAAAGAGAUUGGCAUAAAUUAAAAGCAUUCGUUACGAAUAACUGUUGGACCACUACUCGACGCAACACUUGUCCUGUUCCAUGUACAGCUUUUGAAGUUAAGCAUUAGUUUCCUGACCUAAAUGCAUAGGUUCCCCUUAAAAUUUUACCCGUAGCAGAAAUACCCAACUUUGUGGCUGCUGAAAAGUUGUCUUGCAAGAUCUGCAUGGUACUUCUUUCAACAGUGAGUUUGACUGUU